CAAUUGUAGUUCUGAAUUAACAUAAGUUUAGCAAGUAUAUUCAUCGAUUGAAUUAUAUGGGCAUACACAAACCCUGUGUUCUUGUAUAUAAAUUCUUUAUGAUUCGAUUGAACAGGAUAAACAAUCGUUCAUAGUAGGUCCAUCGCAGUCUUAACAACUAAAGUGACAGUUUUAUUAUUCAAAUGAUUCAUUACAAUUCAUAAAUACUAAAUUUUUCACGUCUGCAAUUAUAUAACUCCCAAUAGAUUAUUGAAGAUUCCCAUAUUGCAAUUUAGGUUGAACACAAUGAAAUUAGUGAACAUUAACUUAAUCAAUGUACUCAUAAGUAGUAUCUCCUUCAUAAAACUUAAUUAUAACAGUAAGUAAAUCGUCUUAUAAAUUAACAAAUAUAUUAUGCCAUAUUAAAAUAGAGUUUGUUAUAAUGA